UGACACCCACGCUGAGGUGUUUCCCCGUAGUUAUUUAGUUGCUGUCUGUAAUAGCUGGGUUCUUUCUGAGCUAUUAAGGUGGACUGAUGGUUAUUUUUGUUGCUGCUGUUCUCCUCUUUGAAGUUACGUUGUUUGUUCGGGUGGUUGGUUUGGUUUUUUUUUAAUUGAUAGUACGGAAGAAAACGAAUUCCUGAGCUUGAGGAAAUACUUCUCGCCACGCCGAAAUAAAUGAGAAGUCAAAGUGGAAGCGCUUAACAUCGUUGCUGUGCAGGAGGAGAGCGGCGUGCGGGGCGCCAGCAAGCAUCGGCUUGCCGUUACGAUGCCCUUUAAGGGAGAAGCAGGGGUGGCGGGGUCCCCGGCAGUCGGGGGGAGGCCCGGGAGGGAGGGAAGGCCGCCGGGGAUGGCGGUCCCCCCCCCCCGGCGGGAGGCCGAGGCCCGCCCGCCCGCCCCGCCGCCGCGGUGAGGGGCCGCGCUGCCGGGCCCGCCCGCCCGCCUCCCCCGCCAGGCCCGCCGCCGCCGCCCGGGGAGCGCCGCCUCACCUUGCCUGACUGUGCUUGUACACAAGGAUGGAUUUCACGGAGGCCUAUUCCGAUCGAUGCUCUGCUGUGGGGCUUGCAGCCAGAGAAGGAAAUGUUAAAAUGCUGAGGAAACUAAUUAAGCAGGGAUACAGCAUUGAUGUGCCAGAUAAUAGGGGGUGGGUGCCAAUCCAUGAAGCAGCAGCUCACAAUUCAGGUGAAUGUCUGAGACUGCUAAUUCGUGCAGCUCCAUCUGAUGACUACAGAAAUUCAAAGACGUUUGAAGGGACAUCCGCGCUGCACCUUUCAGCACGCCACGGGUCUUUGGAAAGCAUUCGUGUCCUUCUGGAAGCUGGGGCUGACCCCAAUGAAGUUACCACUGAAGCGACCACCCCACUGUUCCUAGCUGUUGAAAAUGGACAUGCAGAUGUCGUAAAGUUUCUGCUCCAACACGGAGCAAAUGUUAAAGGACCUCAUUCUUGGUCUGGAUGGAAUUCUUUGCACCAAGCUUCUUUCCAGGGAUGCACUGAGAUAAUGGAAAUACUCCUGGAGGAAGGGGCAAGCAAGGAAUGUAAGGACGACUUCGGAAUUACACCUUUGUUUGUUGCUGCUCAGUAUGGAAAGCUGGAGAGUUUAAGACUGCUUGUAUCCCAUGGGGCAGACGUGAACUCUCAAGCCAAGGACAGAGCCACUCCCCUUCUGAUUGCUGCACAGGAGGGCCACACAGAAUGUGUGGAACUGCUGCUGUCAGAAGGGGCAAAUCCAAAUCUCUACUGCAACGAGGAUAACUGGCAGUUACCUAUUCACGCAGCGGCUGAAAUGGGCCAUAAAAAGAUAUUAGAGUUACUAAUACCAGUUACUGAUCGGAUUUGUGACAAAAGCAAAGACAAAGUGAGUCCUGUGUAUUCAGCAGUAUAUGGUGGUAAUAAAGAAUGCUUGGAAAUAUUACUUGAAGAAGGCUACAGCCCAGAUGCUCAAGAGUGUCUUAACUUCGACUGCAGAUCACCCAUGUGUAUGGUCUUCCAAAAAGAGUUUUUUAAUUUCAUUGAUAUUUUCCUGAAAUACGGGAUCACCUUACUUGGGAUUAAUUUGGGAUAUUGCCUGUUCCAUGAAAAGUUUACUUUGUUUCAACGCUUCUUGAAGCUGGGCUGUUCACUGCCUUCUGGGGACGAGUUAUCGGAGUUCAUAAGUUACUCAAUUAAAGCUCAUGAGGAGUACAAGGAAUGGCUGCCUUAUCUGCUCUUGGCUGGUUUUAAUCCAGUGAAUUUAAUGUGCAGAUUCUGGAUUUUCUCUGUGAGCAACAAUGCCCUUAAUUUCAUCCUGGAGUUCACAAACUGGAAGAGACUUCCUCCAGCUGUAGAGCAAGACCUUUCAGACUACAAAGAGAAGUUCACCUGGACUCCCAAGAGCUAUUUUGGAAACAGUCCUUCACUAUUGAGAACUAUGCCUCAUUAUCUACCAGAGACUGGGGGCUUCAGAUGGGAUCCAGCUAAACCAGCCUUCAUUCCUUCCCUGUCUCAUCUUUGUCGUCUUGAGAUACGGUCCAUUUUAAGGAGUGAACGCCUGCGAUCGGACCGGUUUAUCCGGGAGUUGCCAUUGCCAGCUUGUCUCCAGGACUACCUUCUCUACUUAGAUGUACUGCGAGUCAAUGCUAUGCCAGAAGUGGAGGAUUAUCUGGGGCAGAGAGAGGAGGGAGCUCCCUCUAACACUCCAGUGCUGAAGAUGCUGAGAGGAGGGACACCUGUAACACCGGUGUUAGGUGAUGGUGCUGCCAGUGACUGAACUCUGUGGCUGCAGUUUUUGUAAUGGCAGUUAGUGGACACCGGGGAACUACUGUAAAUAACCAUAGUAAUAAGUCUUUUUGUGCUGUAGUUUUAUACUAUCUCUAGAAGUUUGUUAGAAGUUCUAUGGUUUACUUGUUUAAAAAGUCUCUUUUAGCUUUCUAAGUCUGUGAACGUUUUCUGGUUUUUGAAAGGAAAUUUUUAACUCUUAUGGAGUAAAAUUAGUUUGUUCAAUGAA